GGCAACCACGUUUGGAACGAACUCAUGAUACAAUGUAACCUACGUAAAACAAAUGCGUACAGAUUUCAACGUAGAGCCCCAUUCUGACAUGGAGUUUCUACCAGUCCUUGAUCCUCAACAUAAACCCGAAGAAGGAAUAUGGUAUUCUUUGAGACCCAGGGGAAGUGCUCCAGGUGUUAGUGUUGGUCACACCUGCAUAUUCACUCCAUCUGAGGAUGGAGGAAAAGGGAGACUCCUUAUUAUUGGAGGAGCCAAUCCCAGUGGCAGUUUCUCAGAUUCGCACAUCAUAAAUCUAGACAAUCAUGGAUGGGACAUUGUUGAGUGGGAGGGUUUGGAGGCAAGGUAUGAACACUGCAGCUUUGUGCCAGAGAGCUGCCCCCAGAGCCUGUGGGUGUUUGGGGGUGCACAGCAGACUGGAAAUCGCAACUGUAUCCAAAAUGUACAGGUGGCAGUGUCUUCUACUUGGUCCCAACCUGAAACACAAGGCAGGCACCCUCCAGCCAGACAUGGUCACAUCAUUGUAGCAGUGGAUUCAAAGAUCUACAUUCAUGGGGGCAUGGCUGGAGACAAAUUCCACAAUGAUAUUUACUCUCUUGAUUCAAGGAGCAUGAAGUGGGAGAAAGUGCAAGCCAAAGGAGAUAUUCCACCAGGAGUAGCUGCCCACUCAGCUGUUGUGCUGGGCAAGAACAUUUACGUGUUUGGAGGGAUGACAGCAGAUGGAGCAAGCAACUCCAUGUACAGAUUUAACACUGACAAAUCUAGAUGGCUCCUAAUGAAAUUCAAAGAAGCUCUGCCGCCUAAACGCCUUGACCACUCCAUGUGUACAUUUCCCUGGACGGUGUGUGAUGAUGGGAAACCAGAGGAGGAGCGAGGCAACAGACCAGCACCCCCUAAGGCAAUAAACCUGUUAUUUGUAUUUGGAGGCAUGAAUACUCUGGGUACCAUAUAUAAUGAUUGUAUUGUGACUGUUGUCAAAUAAAAAAACUAAAAAAAAAAACCUUGAAAGGAAAAAAAUGAUGUUGCAAUAAAAUAUUUCAACAUGAUAUUAGUUUUAGAAUUUGCACUUUUACAUACUGAACACGUUUCAAAUUAAAAUUUUAUAUAUAUCUAUAUAGAUAUAUGUCAUUGUAUGUGUAUAUGUAUGUGUACGUAUACAUACAUACACACACACACACAUAUAUAUAUAUGAAGUUUUGCACUGCCUGUGAACAUAAAGAGCCCUUCACACAGACACUAUAUUCAGUGUACCGACAAAACCCACCCGCCCGCCCAACUACAUCCCUCCCCUUUCCAGAACCCCAUCAGGACUGCCUGAGAACAGCAGCAACAAGCCUCAUAUCCAGGCUGACAAAUAUCUCCGCCUUCCAGCGAAGAGAACACGUCUCACACACUGAAACUUGUUUUAAAGUCUUUCAGGAAAUUCAGUAUGGUCA